CUGCAGUAUUUACUAUAGGUGUCCUGAUUAUGCGAGAAAACGUGUAAAGACGUACGCCCUUCCCGAGCCUCCCUUUGCUAAAGUUUGUCCUGAUAAUGUUGUUCUUGACAGCGAGAUUCAAAACUGUACAACCGUCACGCCUACUGAUUUUAAGGCAAUGAUGUUCCAACCGAAGAGACUCCACUGGCUGCUGACUUUCUGUUUUUUCCUUGUUACCACCACAACCACGAAAGCAGACGGCUGCCCUAGUCCCUGUAAAUGCUACUACUUCAUGGGCUCGCAUUAUGUUACUGACUGCUCAAAAAAGGGAUUGAAGGUGGUACCUAAAUUUGAGAAUACAACAGAAGUACUAUUUAUGGGGCAUAAUCAGCUGAAAAAGUUACCAGUUGGAAUUUUUGAUAAUAACAGAAACCUUGUACAUUUAACAUUAACUGACAACCAAAUAACGUCACUACCUGCUGGAAUCUUCGAUAACAACAAGAAACUCUUUAUCAUGUUCCUCCAAGGAAACAAAAUAUCAAGUCUACCACAACAAUUGUUUCGAAACAACUUACAACUUUUCGGCUUAAAUAUUGGAAGUAAUCUAAUAAAGGAAUUGCCGCAAAACCUGCUACGAGGAUUGACCCAGCUCACAUAUUUUUUUGUUGGUCGGAACAAACUACAGUAUAUUCCUGGUCGGUUCUUUAAAGAUAACACAAAUCUUGGAAUAUUAAGCUUUGAGAUGAAUAAUGUGUCUUCAAUUGACCUCCAAGGGAUGAAAAAAAUAACGGUUCUGAGCGUUUACCAAAAUGGCAUAACAUCAAGAUCACUUUCUGGCGCAGUCUUGAAUAAAUUGACUUUGCUAAACACUUUAUUUGCAUCGUACAAUAGACUUGAAGACAUCUCAGACUAUUCGUUCCUAAGAAGUUCUAAUUUACAUUACCUCAUGUUGAACAAUAACAGACUAAAACAGAUAACAAAUCGAACAUUUUAUGGAGCCUCUCAACUAGAAAUACUAUUUCUUUCAGAUAAUCCAAUAGAAUACAUAGCCCAACGAGCAUUCUUCACUAAUUCAAAACUGAAAAACUUGCACUUAGUGCAAACCAAGAUCAAGAGCGUCAACAUUGACUGGUACCAUCCAUCUAUCUAUAGAAUUGGAACAGUUGUGCUAAUACAUCCAACCGAACAACCACAAGAGGCAAAAGUUCCCCCAUCAAUCGAACAAUUAUUCAUCAUUGCGGGAUUCAGAUGUAGAACAGAUAAUAUGUUUUCAUACUGUGCACCGUGUUUGUUUGGUACUUAUAUUAUCUUUAAUAUUUCCACCAAUAAUCACUCUUGCGUUGGUUGUCCUGCAGGUGGUUUCUAUGAGGAUUCACUUGCUUACUUCGGUGAACGAGCGUACGGUAAUGGAUGUAAGAUGUGUGACAACGGUACGUUUGUACACGUAAAAACCGCACCAGGAAAACGAAAGGACGACUGCAAAUCAUGUCCCCAAGGUACACAAAAUAAAUACUUCGCAGGCUUUAGAGCUUGCCAAUGUCAAGAUGGGUUUUAUCGACUUGAUCGCUUCGAGAAGUGCUACUUCUGUCCUGACUCUGGUGUCAUGUGUUUCAACGAGUCAAUGACUCUGAAUCCCGGGUACUACUGGCAGUGGAUUUCCCAGUCGGAGAAAGAAAACUACAUCAACUUUACCAACGAGCUGCAAAUCUUUGAUGACAGUUAUAACAGGGAACUCGUUACGUUUCAUGGUUCUUUCCCCAAACAUUACCAGUGUCCAAGAUUAGAGUCAUGCCUGGGUGGCAUGGAUGCUAGCUGUGCUGAGGGAUACACGGGACCCCUGUGUGCCGUAUGUGAUAAAGGACAAUACAAUCUCGUGUCCACUUGUUUCAAAUGCCCUAAACUUGGCUGGCUUAUUUUCCAGAUAAGUGCCAUCUCCUUGGUUGUCGUAGCUGUCUUUUUCCUGGUCAUAAAAGGGAAACGACAACAUAUCCAAAGCAAGCGUUCACUUACAGAUAUUAUUCUUGCUCGUCUCAAGAUCAUUAUCUCAUUCUAUCAAAUAUUCUCUAGUACACUCGAUGGAUUUUCAUACGUCAAGUGGCCAAGAGCCUUGGCCCAGAUAAGUGAAUACGCUAAGUUCAUUCAGCUGAAUGUUCUACAGAUUGCACCUCUGCAUUGUUUCAGCUCUCGAUUCAAGAUGGAUGCUUAUGAUCAUCUUGUUACUGCAUGCUCAACGACUGCCAUGGUGAUACUUAUGACUUUGAUAUAUUAUAACUUAAAACUUCUCUACACUCUUAAAACUACCGAGCGUUCUGGAAAAUCUGCCAUUUUCGCAGACCUUGAAGCCAGAAAAGAGAUCUGCUACCGGAAUGUAUUCCUGUUCAUUUUUGUAACUUAUCCACAGACCUGCUCAACGAUCUUCUCAAUGCUACCAGCAGCCUGCCACAAAAUCUGCCAAGACAGCAGCCAGACACAAUGUACCUUCUACUUGAAGGCUGACUACUCCAUUACUUGCUUUACUGACAAGUACAAUAGGUACGUAAUAUUUGCUUAUGCUGCCCUAAUCUACCCUUUUGCUGUUCCAAUUCUGACAGUAGUUGUUCUUUGGAAAUAUUACUUUAAAAACUUACACAAGAGAUUGGGUAACGAGGUCAGUGGGGAAGAGAUGAGCGAAAACAAUAAUGAUGCGCCAUGCAGUAAACAGACAAGUCAACAAACAAACACCACCCAGUGUACCAGCACCACAAGUCCACAUAUCUACAGUAUUGAAAGACAAACCGCUAGACAAAUUGAUGUCCUUUUAGAACAGCAAGAGCGCAAAACAGACGAGAUAAACGAAUUUGCUAUACACGCAGAUUUAGGACUUGAUAGCAAUUUAGGGAUUGAAAAAUCAAUGGUGGAGAAAAAAAUUGGAGAAACAAAAGGAAAAGGUUCGGACAGUACUAUGAUCACUAUCCCACCAAUCAUAGCAGGAAUGAGCUUCAUAUUCGAAAACUAUGCUGAGAAUUGUUGGUUUUGGGAAAUCAUUGAAAUGAUGAGGAAGCUGUUGUUGACUUCUUCUUUGGCCCUGAUUGGUGCUGAAGGACGGACCUCUCUUGGAGUCGCUUCCAUUCUGUCUGGUUGUUAUGCCAUACUCCAUGCGUACUUUAAACCAAUCCCUGAUAAGUUCGAGCAUGUCCUUCAGCUCACGGCACUCCUCGUUACCUUUGCCAACACGUGUAUUGGAAUGAUGCUCAAGAUAGACCAAGAUGCUUUAUUGAAUGCUGAUGCUAAGUUCAUGGAUUCUUGGAUUAUGACGGUUCUGCUAGUGAUGACCAAUAUCAUGGUUACGGCCCUUGUUGUUGUAAAAUAUGUGAUGGUAGUUGGUAAGACUGUCUAUUCCAUUAUCAAAAACCCUCGCUGCUCUCUCGCUUGCUGUCUGUCAGUUAUUCUGACUCUUGAUGAAGUACAAAGUGAAGCAAGAAGUAUGGGAAGUAACAUUGGAUUGAAGAUGAAAACACAGCUUCAAAGUGGCAAUGAAUUCGAAGGACUGUCCAUGGAAGAUGCUGCUGGUGAUUAUGGUUUGACUGGGAUCGAUAUGGACAAUGAUGAAGAUGACGAUGAUUAAAGUUACGAUAGUGAUGAUGAUAAUUAAGAUGGUGGAGCCAACGUUGAUAUAAAAAAAAAAGGAAGCAACGGUAAAAACAAGUCCAUAUCAGAAAAGACAUUGCAAUCCACCUCAAAAUUUGGCUAAACAUAUGAUAUAUUGUAGAGUAACACAGAAUGGGCUUUUAAAAUAGUUUGCGCUUAUGUAAUCUGCUUAUAAAAUGAAAUCAACUGUUAAAAAACGUUAGCAACUAUUAACGUAAUAACGUUAAAAAAGGGAUGGAAAAGACGGCUGAGUUAUAUAACCCACUCAUGAAUAUUAUCAUGAUUGCAGUUGGAAAUGGCAGUAGCCUUUAAAAGUUGUUCGUUCAUGCAAUUUGCUUGACAUUAAGAAACGCCGUAGAAAUAAAUGCUCGAGAUAUAUAUAUGA